CAGGUCUACCAGGGGGCACAGAUGACCGGAAGCGGGCCCGGGAGGAGCUGCUAGUCCUAGCCUAGAGCUGGUAGGAUAGCGUGAGGAAGGCGGGACGCAGGGCGGAGCUGCUGCAGGGGCGGGGCCUGCGGGCAGGCGCCGGGGGUUGGGGCGGGAACCCCUAGUCCCCUCCAGACCCCGCCUGCUCGGGCGCCGGCCGCGGCGCGGCAAUGAAGCUGAAGCUGAAGAACGUGUUUCUCGCCUACUUCCUGGUGUCGAUCGCCGGCCUCCUCUACGCGCUGGUACAGCUCGCCAAGGGAAUGGAUUGAACCCUGCCUCUUAUGCAAGGAUUUAGGGACAGUGCCACUGCGUUAUCCUCAGGCCAGCCAUGUGACUGCCUUCCUCCCCUUCGGGCAGCAGCGGAGCAGCUUAGGCAGAAGGAUCUGAGGAUUUCCCAGCUGCAAGCAGAGCUCCGACGGCCACCUCCUGCCCCUGCCCAGCCCCCUGAACCCGAGGUCCGGCCUACUAUCUAUGUUGUUACCCCCACCUACGCCAGGCUGGUACAGAAGGCAGAGCUGGUACGGCUGUCCCAGACACUGAGCCUGGUGCCCCGGCUACAUUGGCUGCUAGUGGAGGACGCUGAGGGUCCCACCCCACUGGUCUCAGGGCUGCUGGCUGCCUCUGGCCUUCUCUUCACACACCUGGUGGUCCUCACGCCCAAAGCCCAGCGGCUUCGGGAGGGCGAGCCUGGCUGGGUUCAUCCCCGUGGUGUAGAGCAGCGGAACAAGGCCCUGGACUGGCUCCGGGGCAGAGGGGGAGCUGUGGGUGGGGAGAAGGACCCACCACCACCAGGGACCCAGGGAGUUGUGUACUUUGCUGACGAUGACAACACCUACAGCCGGGAGCUGUUUGAGGAGAUGCGCUGGACCCGUGGUGUCUCAGUGUGGCCUGUGGGGCUGGUGGGCGGCCUGCGAUUCGAGGGCCCUCAGGUCCAGGAUGGCCGGGUUGUGGGCUUCCACACAGCAUGGGAGCCCAACAGGCCCUUCCCUGUGGAUAUGGCUGGAUUUGCUGUGGCCCUGCCCUUGCUGUUGGCUAAACCCAAUGCCCAGUUUGAUUCCACCGCUCCCCGGGGCCACCUGGAGAGCAGUCUUCUGAGCCACCUUGUGGAUCCCAAGGACCUGGAGCCACGGGCUGCCAACUGCACUCGGGUACUGGUGUGGCAUACACGGACAGAGAAGCCCAAGAUGAAGCAGGAGGAGCAGCUGCAGCGGCAGGGCCGGGGCUCAGACCCAGCAGUUGAGGUGUGAUGGCCCCACCCCAACUCCCACCUCUUUUCAGGCACAGAUCUUGUGGGACUGGACCCCGGGCCUUCCCAGGAUGUGGCUUUCCAAGUCCUGACUCUUUGGAGCCGGAAGUGGCCCCUCUGCCCCUCCAGGCCCACAGCAUGGCCCUGCUGCUUUGCCCCUCCCCUGGCCUGCCAUGUGGCACUGCCCACAGGCUGGGGACAAGCAGCCCUUGUAUUGAGCCAGGUCAGCCCUGUCUAGGGUGGAGUAGAAGGACAGACGGACUCAAGAGGGAGGGCAGCUGAGUAACUGGGUAACUUAUUGGGGCUGGGCAUGCACUGGGGGGCUGGAGGAGCUGGGCUGGACCCUCCCCACCUGAGCAUGCUGAUCCCCUCCUACCUUCAGAAUAAAGAAUCUCAACCUGGA